AUGUUAGAGCAAGGUAUAAUUCGUCCAUCAGAAUCUGCAUGGAGCUCUCCCAUCUGGAUAGUUCCUAAAAAGGUUGAUGCUUCUGACAAGACUAAAUGGCGACUCGUAGUCGACUUUAGGAAGCUAAAUGAAAAAACCAUUAGUGAUAAAUACCCAAUCCCGAAUAUAUCGGAUGUACUAGAUAAGUUAGGAAAUUGCCAAUAUUUCACAACCUUGGAUUUAGCCAGUGGAUUUUACCAGGUCGAAAUGAACCCUAGUGACAUACCGAAAACAGCAUUCAACGUUGAACACGGGCAUUUCGAGUUCUUACGGAUGCCCAUGGGCCUGAAGAACUCGCCAUCCACGUUUCAGCGUGUCGUGGAUAACGUGCUCCGUGAUCUCCAAAAUACAGUUUGUCUCGUGUACUUAGACGAUAUUAUUGUGUUCAGCACUUCCUUGCAAGAACAUAUGGUAUCUUGA